AUGAUACUUUCUUGGCUAACUCAUGCUGUUGAAUCGGACAUUGCUGAAGGAAUUAUCCAUGCUAAAACAGCACGCGAAGUGUGGGUUGAUUUACGCGACCAGUUUUCUCAAAAGAAUGCUCCAACGGUUUUUCAAAUACAGAAAUCAAUCGCCACCAUGUCGCAAGGAACGAUGACAGUAGCUGCAUAUUUUACAAAGAUCAAAGCCUUAUGGGACGAGCUUGAGACAUACCGUUCCCCGCUGACUUGCAACCAACAGCAAGCACAUCUCGAGCAAAGGGAGGAAGACCGUCUUAUGCAAUUUCUAAUGGGUUUGAAUGAGUCAUAUAAGGCAGUGAGAUCCAAUAUUUUGAUGAUGUCGCCAUUGCCCAAUGUCCGUCAAGCAUACUCUUUAAUUGUCCAGGAAGAGAUGCAACGGCAAGUUUCUUCUGAGCCAACCGAGAAUUUCUCAAUAGCUGCCGCAGUCCCGGGAAAAGGAGGUAAUCCAAGACAGAAAAUGUGUGACCAUUGUAACAAAUCCGGACAUACCAUAGAUGAAUGUCGGACUCUUAAAUUUCACUGUAAGUUCUGUGAUAAAAGAGGUCACACGGAGGAUAGAUGCCGACUGAAAAAUGGGAGCAAUAACAAAGCGGGACAAUUCCGAGGACAACGUCCUUUUGGUCGUGGGAAUCAGCCCUCAGCAAACGCGACAGAAUCCCAGGAAAUGUCUGAUUCGACUUCUUCUAGUACAGUCCAGGGGUUCACUACAGAACAAAUACAACAGUUGGCUCAAGCAAUUCGUGCAUUAAAUCACAGUAAUUCCGGUAAUAUUGACGCAUAUGCAAAUGUUGCAGGUUUGAUUCCAUCAACUCUUGUGUCUGUUAAUUCUAGUAGUACAAGUUCUUGGAUUUUGGAUACAGGACUUGGUUUCGGGGAAGAUGAUUGGCUCGGGUAA